AUGCAACCUGACCCUUCCCCGAAAUCUCCAAAGGACCACACGGCCCCUCAUGGCUACCGAAUCCCUUUGAAGUCCCGAGCGUCGUCUGGAUCCUCGAUUUCCUCGUCCGAAUCGUCUUCUAAGGUGUUUUCUGUCUUCGCCAAUGUCGCGAGAUGGAAGCCGGGGAGCAGUACCAGCACUACUUCAACCACAACCACAACCACUUCCUCCACAAAGAAAUACGAUCAUGCAACGGAGACCGUCACGACUCCUACCCCCAUCAUCUCCACUACUACCACCACCGCUACCACUACUAUCCCUCCAACAGUUUCUUUCUCUCCCCUAUCCUUGUCAGCCGACCCGAUAACACCUAUUUCCGAUCGAGGUGACUUAUUUGCCGUUGCUGAGCCGCCUUUUCCUCCUUCUACAUCCAUCAUAUCCCGUCCUAGUUUGCUCCGAACCGUGUCUACGACACCGCCAUCCGAUACCGACACCGAUUCUCCAGGUGUUAUUGGUUCCUUACCUGCAGCUACACAAAGAGACGGCAGAGAUAAAGCCUCAGGUGUGGUUACACGAACUUCCAACACAGAGUCGCAUGACUUUGACCUUCCAAUAUCACCUCCACCGUCGGUACCCCGCCGGUCCCUAUCUAUGCCCAUGGAGGACUCUACUUCACCCCGCAAACCAAAAUCCUCCCAGUCCAUGAAGUCUAUGUCGCGGUUCAUACUACCGUCGUCGGUGACUCAUGACCCUGCCGGUGGCCUUUUGGCCGGUAAUAUCGGGGGUGAAGGUUUUCACAAGGUGCUGCCACCCUUUAUAAGCCCGGCUGACAGCCCAAAUCGGGUAGCUACACCUGAUGCCGGUGGCACCGAAAGCCUGCGAAGUAUCUCUUCGAAGGAAACCUUAAAGGAUGGACGGUCUUCAGGCCGAACGUCUAGCUUUGAUUACGCUAGCCGUGCUGCUAGCGAGGAUAGCUCAAGGCGAAGUCAACGAACAGAUGCUUCCGAAAAGAGGAAAUCGAUGGUUGGAAAAGCCAUCGCUGAUGCCAAGUCGGAAACGACUUCACGCAGCCGAAAGUCCAGCCAAACAUUGAGAUUGUUUAAAGAGGGAAAUCCAGUCGAUGAUCGGGAGCGCCGGGAACGUAAGGAGCGAGAGAAGAUCCAGCGCUUACGUGAAGCUUCAAAAUCUCGUGAUGAUGUUUUCAAUAUUCCCGAGGAAGCAAUCGACGUUUCACAUGAGACCUCCCGACCCAAACUCCACUCAGGCUUCCAAUCGCAGGAAUAUUUAUCCAAAACUGAAGAAAUAUCUUCAAGCAAGAGAUGGGAAAAGGCACCCGUUAGUGGUGAACCUGAAGCUACCGUUGUUUCUGCACCUAAUACUGCUGCAAGUAUAUCUGAUAGUUCUCAAAAGAAUACCUUCCCUGCUCCUCAAACCAGUGAUACCCGUGUUCCUACUGCUCCUGCUGUACCAUCUCAUGCAUCUGUGCCACCGUCGUCAUCGCCCGUGAAUAGACAGUCGUUUGGUGAGUCUGACGUCGCCAACAAUGCCGCCAAGUUCCAACCAGUCCAAUAUCCACUUCCUCCGGGAGGACUCACACGCCUUAGACAGCAGUCCCUGUUGGAAGCUAAUCUAAACAAUCCUUAUCAGCUUUCUCCCUCCGCUGUCGUUGAAAAAACGACAUCGGUUGAACAAGAAGUUGGGCCCAAAGGAGAGACACGUGGCGCUUCUGAUUCAACGCGAGAGGAAGAAGAAGCCGAAGCGUCCCCUAGAGAUGAGGAUGAGGACGAAGAUUCUGAGAAAGAACAGUUGUAUUCUGCCUUGUACAUCCCUCACAAAACACCUUCCAUUGACCCCAAAAGACUUUCUUUUCAUCAUGAUGGCGAGAUUUUGUCCGAGGGUAGUCCGUCAUCGCCCGGACUACGCCUUUCAGAACUAGAUCUUGACGACACUGAGCCAACGGAAUUUGAUUUUGAUGGCAGUACCACGCAUUUGAAAGGCAAGCGACAUACUGUUGAUGGGAAAAGCGCAGAUUUUGAGGUGAAAAUCGUUGCAACAACGGAUCAACCUGCACAUGGAGUCAAACACCAGCAUGAAAUAUCUGUUGCUGAAGUCCUGACCACUGAGACCCCCAUAUUUGAUAGCGGGAUUACGCAGGAACCGUCUUCGCUGAGUCGACAUGAUAGCUUCGAGUCCGACUUCGAUACUCAAUCUGGCUACUCUUCCUUCUCGUCAAGGCGAAACUCUGACACAGAGUUUUACGACUCGACGGACCAUGACGAUGCUAAUACGCCUACCGCUACUCCCAAACAGGCCCAUCAGUCAAAACAUCAUCGACACCACCACCACCACCAUCAUCACCAUCGGACGUUUACCGACGAAUCCCAAAUCCCGCCGCCGCCACCACUCGGAGCUGUCGAAUUGAAGCCAUAUAAUCACCAGGUUGGAGGGCACACAGCAUUAUAUCGCUUCUCUAGAAAAGCCGUUUGCAAGAGUUUGAACAAUCGCGAAAAUGAGUUCUAUGAGGCAAUAGAAGGAACCCACCAAGAACUCUUACAGUUCAUGCCUAGGUAUAUCGGCGUCUUAAAUGUUACUUUCCGAAAGGCACCAAAGCGCAAGAAGACACGAAAAGAAACGGACAAGAGUACCAGUGUUGAUAAGCUUGAAACCAAGCCGGAUCAAAAGGCGACAGAUGAAGCCCAGAAGCCUCCCCAGAAGCUGAGUCUUUUUAAUAGCCAUGGCGACUCUGCAGGUUCAAAGGACACGGGUACUUCAGCGCAAGCUUUACCCUUGCCGCAAGUCGUUCUGGAGAACAAUCGACACAUAAUCCCGGAAAACCUAUUCCGUUUCUCCAGCAGCGCACCGUCGCAGAAGGGUAUGGGCGACGACAAUGAUGCAACUUCGACCAAUCAUAACGAAACGACUUUCAUCAAGGGCGUCGCCGAUCCUGGGUCGCCAGGCUUGGACUUGAGCGGAACUGGGUGCCACAGCCCGAAACGUGUCUGGGCAUCAACGGGCGCCACUACGGUCAACCGAAAGUUGCAGGAACAAGUUCUACGAGAAGUUUUUGGGGGUCCAUUAUCGCAUCACCAUCAUCACCACCGGCACGGGCAUCCACGGCACCGAUCCUCUUCCUCGAUUUCGCAUGUUCGUAGGAGCGCUGGGAGACGUAGUAGCACUGACAUGGACGUCCACCAUACUGCUUUAGUUGGUGGCGAAGAUCUGAGAAAAACACGUUCGAAGGACGAAACUGACAUCCAUGGCGGAAUUGCCGGCGAAAGUGAGCCCGAGCAACCCCUCCGAAGGAGAUUAUCCAAGACGCGGUGUUCCGGGUUGCGACGUGCGGAGCGCGAUUUCUCAUACGGCAACGAUGACGAAGGAUAUAAAGGUGAUAUGGAAGAAGGAGGGGAAGUGUUUUCGUUUGAUGAGGAAUCCCAUCAUGUAGGAAGUUUUCAGGCCAAGCCAAAAUGGACGGAUCGUCUCUUUGAUAAGAGAGCUUCCACAGCCCCUGCUUCGCCAGCUGUAAGGCCGUCGGACAGUAAAACACCAGAAAUUCCUACCGUUCUACCGGAGCUAGAUGCCCAACCUGAGCCCGAGAAACGAGAGGAACCCGUUGACAACCCGGAACCGACUUCAGCUGCAUUGGCUACCCCCGAAGCACCCGUUGAUCGAGUUGAAAAAUUCUUGUUACUAGAGGACCUGACCGCUGGGAUGAAACAUCCUUGUGUUCUUGACUUGAAGAUGGGAACACGGCAGUACGGUAUUGAUGCAGAUGAAAAGAAACGCGCAUCCCAGAGGAGGAAAUGCAAGCUCACAACCUCACGACAACUGGGUGUUAGGCUCUGCGGCAUGCAAGUGUGGAACGAAGACAAACAUGCAUAUCACUUCGAAGAUAAGUACAAGGGCCGGGAUAUCAAAGCGGGAUCAGAGUUCCAGACUGCUCUUGCUAGGUUCCUGCACAGCCCUGAGAACAUCAAACGCUGCGUUCCUAUUAUCCUAAAGAAACUGGCUGAGUUGGAAGAGAUCAUUAAGGGUUUGCCCGGGUAUAGGUUUUAUGCCUCGAGCUUAUUAAUGCUCUACGAUGCCGGAGAAAGAGGCAAAGGCGCGGGAAUCGAUAUGAGAAUUGUGGAUUUCGCCAAUUGUGUUACGGACGAGGAGUUGCCUCCCGAGACGAAGUGUCCACCAAAGGAAAGGAAUGGGGUGGACAAAGGAUAUCUUAGAGGAUUAAGAGCCUUGCGUGUUUAUUUUACUAAAAUAUGGAAAGAAACUGUCGAAGCAACUGUAAGAGAGGAGAGGGGCGACGUGGUGAUGUUUGGAAGAGGUAGGGCUAUUGAGGAUGUCUGGAUGGAUAAUGAUGGUGAUGUUUCCACGUAA